CCUCCUUCAUACGAGGAGGCUCUUAAUUCUCCACCCGUCCCUCCGGGUCGGCCACAGGCAGAUCCGCAGGAGAACCCAUAUUCUAGUGCUCCUCCACCACAGCCUCCCAGACCUCAGGCCCCAGUUUUCCCCAAUAGGCCGCAGCAGCCCCAAGGCCCGGGCCACACGCAAAACCCCCAAAGUGCACUGCUCUAUACAAAUAACCCCAAUCUACCGUUCGAUUACCCGCGGGGCUACUACUGCAACAAAUGCAAGAACACCGGGUUCAGGGAAAAGAACAUGAAGCCCUGUUCCCAUUGCUGGUCGAAAUUCUUCAAGGACAAGGCAUACAACCCGAACCCCAGCCUCAACUUCAAAUACCCUCGAGGCUACAUCUGUGACAAAUGCCGCAACACGGGCACGAAGGUCAAAAACGGGCGCUCGUGCCAGGACUGCUACUCUCGCUUUGCACCACGCAAUCUCUCAUCACAGGCCCCCAUAACUUACUCGCUGCCUGCUUUCGGCUUUGCUCCCGGAGGAUUUGCACCCCCGAAUGUCCCGCAGUAUGUGCAACCCGGUGACCCGCGCAUGGGCGGUACUAUGUGUGGACGCUGCAGGGGCUCGGGAAGAACCACGUUUUUUCUCGACAAGGAAAUCUGUCUGGUUUGUGGAGGAGUGGGUCGAUUGUUC